AUGAUGAAUAAAAAUACAAGAGAAUCUAAAAAAAGAGAUAAAGAAGAACUUCUAGGUAUAUCAACAUCAAAAAAUCGUCCAAAGAAUAUAACAAACUUACAUGAAUUAUUACCUGGAUUAAAUGAUAUAAGUGAUGCAUUUGAAGCAUUACCAUUGGACAUAAUCAAAUACUUUACAUUAUUAAAAGAAAUUGAUGCAAAAUGUAUAAACACUAUACCACAAAUUAAUGUAAGAAUUAAAAAUUACAUUGAGAAUUUACAUAUCAAAUAUAAUGAAACAAAACUCAAUAAAACAAAUCAAGAAAAAUUAAAAGAUAAUCAACAACUCAAUAUAAUAAAAAAUAAAAUUAAUGAAAUUAUUCCAUGUUUAGAAGAAAAAAUGCAUGUAACAUCAGUUGCAACAGACUUAUUAAAUAAACAUAUGUAUAGAAUAAAUCAAGAUUAUAAAUUAAUUAUACAAAAUAAUGAAAUACCAGAAAAUAUAAGAAUUGGUCCAUUAGUUCAUCCAGCUAUGAUAUUAGAUUCAAAUACUGGAUCAUCAAAAGAUUCAGCUACAACAAAUAAUGGGAAUAAUAAUGGUAAUGGAAAUUCAAAUAAUAAUAAUAAUUCAUUAAAUUCUCAAAGAAGUGAAAGUAGAAGAGAAGCAUUAGCCGCUAAAAAAGUAAAUAAAGAUGAUGAUAAAGAUAGUGGUUCUGGUGGUCAACCAUCAACUUCAAAUGCUGGUAGAAAAAAGAAAAAUAAAGAACAAACUCCAUUAGAAGGUUCUUCCAAUACUAAAAAUUCAACUAAUGAUCCAAGUGUUAAAAAGAGAAGAUAUAAUACAAGUGAUGAUAAAUCAACUAAAAAGAAAAAGAAAAAUGAAAAUGGUAAUAAUAAUAAUGAUGAAGAUGAUAUAAGAGAUUAUGAUAACCAAAUUAACAAUAACAAUAACAAUUCAACUUCAACCAACAACAACAAUAAUUCAUCAGGAGGACGUAGUAGAAACUUAUCAAUAAAUUCAGAUAAUAAAUCAAUUAGAAAUGAACCAACUUAUUGUUAUUGUAAUCAAGUAUCAUUUGGAGAAAUGGUUGGUUGUGAUGGUGAUGAUUGUAAAAGAGAAUGGUUUCAUUUACCUUGUAUUGGAUUUAAAAAUCCUCCAAAAGGAAAAUGGUAUUGUGAUGAUUGUGUUAUUAAAAUGAAAAAAACUAAAAAAUAUUAA